UCGUAAACAUCUCGGUUGCAUCCACUCCUACUAUCUGCCAAUAGGGGAUUAAAAACUACAUGGCAACUCCUCUUUUCGGUAUUCAGCCGAACCUAGGUUUCAUGGCGUGCGGAGAACAUGGACGCAAUGAGCUCUGCAACUUUUAGUACGGUGGAAGAGCAUUGUGAUACUGCGGAGGUUUCAGCGACGCGACCUGCAGCGUGUUUUGGAAAUUGUGCUGCAUGCGGAACAAAACUGGUAACAGACGGAUGUCCUCAACUUUUACCAUGUUUACACUCCUUGUGCCAAAAGUGUGUGUGUGUGGACUGCAGGGAGUGUCCAGUCUGUGGUGCAGUGUACACUCCUACAGAAGUUAUCGAUAAUCUCUUCUUCAAGAAAUCCCAGCAGACCACUCAGUGUGGGGGCUGCGGGGGAGCGGGGGCUGGGGGCUGGUGCGUCGAGUGUGGGGAGGCUCUCUGCCCCGAAUGCGUCUCCGCCCAUAAGAGGGUCAAGGUGACCCGCGAACACGCCGUCCUGCCGCAGAAGCCCCCCACAGUCUCUGCGCCCACGUUGUACUGUUCGACGCACAGGGAAGAGCGGGUGAAGCUCAUCUGCCAGUUGUGCGAUCAGGCGACCUGCCGUGAAUGUCAGCUGACCUUGCACAGGAACCACAGGUUUCAGUUUCUCCAUGAAGCUGUUGCAGAGGAGAAGGGUCAGAUCAGGUCUGUGAUGGAGGACCUGAGGCUGCAGAGGCAGGAAGUGAGGAGAAGCCUGUCGGACCUGGACAGGAGGCUGCUGGACGUGAAGGACCUCCAGAACAAACUGAACGGGGAACUGCGGGACACGAUCCUGAGGGUUCGGGACGCCCUGCUGAAGCGAGCCAUGACCCUGGCUGCGGAAGUCCAGGAGCAGUGUGGCUCAGAGAAGAGGAGUGUUCUGGAGAGACAGGAAGUGCUGAAGAAACUCGAGGAGAGGCAGACCUACCUCCUGUCCUUCACCGAGAGAGCCCUGGACACAGAAGGCUACUCGACACUGCUGUCCUGCAGACGGAAGAUUCAGACGCAGCUGCGGGACGUCAUGUCUCACGCCGUCUCCCCGGGAGACUGCAUGAUGAACCUGACCUUCCACUGCGCGCAGGACACCUACGGUCACAUGGCCACGUUCGGUCAAGUUGUGGUUGAAAAGGUCCCUUUUGCUUGUACAAAUAAUGAAAAUGCUAUCGGAAAGAAUCCUCAUCUACACAAAAACCAGACUCUUAAUAGCCAAGUCUUCUUCACCACCGAAACUCCACCCACAUCCUCUCCCAACCCUCCUACUUACUGUGACAACUCUCUCACUUCCUCUCAUAAAUCUGCUGCUUCUGCCCUUUCUGCUUCUUUCCAAACUUCAAGAACUUUAAACUCUAACACUUCCACUCACGAUUUGACAAUUUCCUGUCACAACCUUCCCACUCUUAGUUCUUCCCAAAUUCAAACGGCAUUCUCUCACAUCUCAACUACUUCCUCUGGCAACCCUCCCACUUCCUCUGGCAACCCUCCCACUUCCUCUCUCAACCCUUCCACUUCCUCUGGCAACCCUCCCACUUCCUCUCUCAACCCUUCCACUUCUUCUGGCAACCCUUCCACUUCCUCUGCUAAGGGUCCCAGUCUUUCUCAGAUGCUGUGCCCUUCUUCCUACAGACCUAUCGGAACCCCAGCUGUCUCCCACACCACAAUUUCUCCCUGUCACAGCAUAGCUGAUAUUUAUAACUCUAACCUCUCUUCCCGGGCAGUUAUGCUGCCUUACCUCCUUUCUACCUUCCCCCUCUCCUUACCUGUCGCUUUGUACUCUGUCUCCUUGAACGCUGCCCCCACGAUCCCCAUCCCUCUCACGCCAAAUGGUCAAAUGGCUAAUGCCAACACUCCUGCCAUACAAACGUCUGCCAGCAGUCCUUGCAGCCAAAUCUCACAGACCGUUGCACAGGCUGCCAUUCUCCCAGAAGCUCAAGACUCGAGUGUGUCUAUGCCGUUGGACACAGUGGUUGGUCUUGCCGCGUCCACAGAAGACCAGACUGCCAACGGAACUUUCCUGGCGCCCCCUGUGAAAGCGCUGGCAGACUCCCCGUGUGAGAGGACUCCCCCUGCUGGUGGUGCGCAGGAAGAACCUGUGAACCCUGCUGCCGCUGAAAAUGAGCCCACGUCCACCGUGGUGGAGGCGGACAUCACAGAGUGUGCUGGGGACCCCAGCGAGGAGGCGACACCUACAUCUGAUACCAGUUCGGCAUGUGAGAUUGCUUCUUCCAGAGCCACUGAUGACUCAUCAGUCAAUGGGCUGUCAGUCGGUUCCUUGGAUUCAGCUGGGGUAGACCUCCAGAUGCCUGCCUGCUCUCCAGGUAACACUGGAUCAAACCCCCAAAACCCCACCCAAUUUGAGUUGGGGGACCAGGGUGACCUCUUCAGAUGUCCUGUGAAGGAAGAUGACAACAAUGACAAAGAGACCAACAUUGCAAAUGAGGGUGACGAUCAGAAACCCAAGAAGGCAGAUAGGAGACCAGCCCUUGUGCCCUGUUUGAAAGUGCUGGCAGACUUCCUGGCCCAGAGGCCUCCCCCUACAGGCAGGAAGAAACAUGCAAACCCUGCUGCCGGAGAUACCGGGCGCGCCUCCACCGCGGCGGAGAUGGACAGCGACAAAACCUGCGUGGGAGCCGUUGUGGAGGUCGUACGGAAAACAGAUGCAGACUCAGCAGGCAAGACAGAUUACAGCAAUGACAUGGACUGGCAAAUCGGCCACAGUGAGGAGACUGAAGGCUUGGACAUCAAGAGUUUUCAGGAGCCCAGGGAAGCAGACAAAAGGCCCUUGGUUCCCAGAGUCUCUUUGGUGCGGCUACCCGUCUACCUCCCCCCGCCGGGUUGCCCCCUGCCCCAGUUCCGCCUCGUCCCCAGCGCCAACAAACAGGAAGUUCACCUGGAGCAGAUACUCGAGGAGGACCAGUCGGCUGUUGGGGCCGCCGUCCUGCUGUCGCACCCCCCCAGGCCCCCACAGGCCAGGAAGGUGAGGUGCGCUGUCUGCCGUGAAGCUGGGGAGCUGAGCCAGUGCGCGGACUGUGGGAGUAGCUUCCACGCGGACUGCCACCUCACGCCCGUCACCGACAGCGACAGCUGGCAGUGCAUGGUGUGUGAGGACCUGUGGGAGGUCAAGGUUCACCAGAGCAGGGUGUCAGAGCAAGACUCCGCCCUCGGACUGCCUGAUCAGAGCAAAUGCAAACGUCUCUUUCUCACCCUGAUAAGUCAGAAGCACAGCGCUCUCCUGUACCGGCAGCCAGAGCUCCUGUCUCCCUCCUCACGUUACGUGGACAUCACGCUGAUCCGUGAUAGGCUGCUGCAGAAACUGUCGCCGGCGUACCUCCCCUCGGAGUUCGUGUCCGACGUCUGGCUUCUCUUGAACAGCCUUCAGAAGAGUCCGGAAGACAUCAAGCCUGUGGCGAAACUUCAGAGAACCUUCCAGAAGAGGCUGAGGAAAGCUUUCGGGAGCAGCCUGCACCCCUCGCUCCUGGAGUCGCCCCCGGGGAAGAAGGUGGAGGCGUUCGAAGGGGGCGCAGAAGCCCAGGGGGCUGAGGAGGCGAGGCAGACGAUGAAGAGGAAGAGGAAGGAGGAGUCUGUUAAGGAGGAGCUGUCGGAGCCGUCUAUGAAGAAACUCUGCAAGGAUGAGGAGAGGGAGGGAGGGAUGGAGUGAUGGAGGAGGUGGAAGAGGGAGAAGAGGAAGGGCGCCAUUUUAUUCCAGUACAUUACCAUGAAUGUGCCUCAUUUCCUCCUUUUGUUUUUUUUUUUGGGGGGGGGGGGGGGAGUGGGAGUGCUAGGAGCAAUGGUGUCUCUGGCUCACUUGCUUUACUCCAAGUUGACAGAUCCUCCAAAGUAGACAAUACCAGUGUUUCGCCACCAGGUGGCAUAAAUGCACUUUUUGGAAGAUAACUCAGGUAUUCUAUUCUUAUUCUUGUACUGUGGUGGACAAGGGGACAUUAUUCACAGAGAAACCACUGCUCACUGCUUUUUAUUUGGUUGUAUGGUACUGUCUUUUCUAUCACUGUUUAUAAUAAACAAUUGUAAUAUA